AUAAGUCAGGCAGACCUUUUAUUUUCAAGUAACAUGAAUUUUUUCGACGGCGAACCAGGAGACUUUUUUUUAUUCUUAAAGCGUCACAUUGAGAUUACGCUUGACGCGGAAGUGCGGUAAACCCGGUUCGUCUGGAGACACUGAUAACAGUGUGUCCGGUAAAGUAUUGAAAGGAGGAUCGUUGUAUGUCAUCCGCAGUCGGACGAGUUAACCUCGGGUCGACUGACAUCUACAAUUCAUGGAAAUAUCUGAAACUGCGAAUGAGUUCUGUGUGGGUACGUUUAUCGGAGCUGUAAAUCUACGCAGGGACGAAUCUACUCCUUGUAAUUAGACAUCCUGAAACGACGACGGGUCGCGAUCGUUUCGAUAACAUGACGAUGAUGAACGGUGGCUAAGGAGACACGUAAACUGCUCGGCUAUCUUCUCUAGCACGUCACAACGUUGGCCUGUGUUUUGUUGCCUGAACAUUUCAGUUUUGCAGUGAGGAUUAGGCCACUGAAAGCAACCAACAUGUCUAAUACAGCAAAUUUAAAAUAUACCUGUGUAAACGAUCUCAUACAAAGGGCUAAAGUUGACUUGAUGAAAAAGGAGCCACGUGAUGUAUACAUGAGGCUACCUGGUAUGCGACAAAAAUUUGAUACUGCCAAGAAAGACGGAGACGAUGAGACUGCAUAUAUUAUGUUGAAGAGAUGGUUGGAUACAGUUGAGUGGCUGAAGAAGCACAAGGAUAAAGAUGGCAAACUUAUCUCCACAAAUAUAACUAUUGAUCAGAUGAAUGAAGCAAAAAACAUAAUUGCAGACUUGAAGGAGAAAUUACAGCUACGCUAUGAACGUUCCAAGAAAUCAUCUCGUAAAGAUAUGGUAGAGCAAAUGGAAGUAGAGACAGAUGGUGUGGCAGCCACAGAGGCCUAUACGCCAAGUACAGAUAUUACCUUAAAAUUACCAGAAACCCCAACUGAUGAUCCUUUAUAUGGUGAUAGUGACAAAUUUAUAUCAUGUGAUCAGUUAUAUUCGUUACUCAAAGUAGAGGACAGAUACUUGGUCAUUGAUAUUAGACAAAAUGAUUAUUUUGAAUGCUCUAAACUAUUAUCUGAUAAAUGUAUCAACAUUCCACAAUCAGAAAUUCAACAUGGAAAACUGGCCACUUAUUUCUCAAAGUAUCUUCGCAGUAAAGAUAAGCAUUCAUACGAAUUAUUCAAUCAUCGAUCUGCCCAGUAUGUGGAUGUUGUGGUCUUAUUGGAUUGGAAUACUACACAAGAAUCUCUGACGUCUGGCAAUAGGUUAAGUAUAUUCAGAGACAUUUUAGAAAAAUGGGAUCCUGGUAUGAGGUACAAGAAAAUUAAGAUUCUCAAUGGAGGAUAUCAGGAAUGGUUAGCGAGGUAUCCGGCGUUCGUGACAAAUCCCAAUGUGAUAGUGCCAGAAUUGGACAGCGUUGCAAAUGAGAUUCUGGGCACAAUCGAGUAUCCCGAUUGGCUGAAUGAGGACGAGGAAGAUGAGUUCCUUAAAAAAGCACGAAGCAAAUUAAAUAACGCGAAAACCUUCAACAAGAACACAGACGUAGAGAUGGCUCACGGCGAUAACAAGUCGGCAUCCAAACACGCCAGAUCGAACAGCAACGACGCCGUCUCUUCGGUUAAGCCUAAGAACUUCACUAGUCAUGUUACGAUAUCAAUCGACGGCAAACGGUCAUCUCGAGGCGACAAUGAGACGAACGCGCAACGACUCACUAGUCCGGAUGCGGUACCUCAACAUAAGCCAACAUCUAACAAGCUGCCGCAAAACGAAGUGAGCGUAAAACCGAUGAUUGAUCGCAGCAACAAACCAGUCACCCUGAAGCCGGCGUAUGAUCCGCGAUGUAAGAAUGUGCUGCGGUUCAUGAAGGAACUAAACGAACUGGCCAAGUCGAAGAUGAAGCUGGCGGACGAGCUCUUCGACCAGGAGUGCCAGUUGUACGCGCAGCGCGAAGACAAGCACAGAGACGCCAGUGAUGAGAUGUAUCUGCACGGGGAAAUAAAGUCCCUGAAAGUCAAAUUAGAUGACAUGCACAAGAUGUACCUCAAGGUCGAGAACGAGCUUAACGACUACUGCAAGAAAGAAGAUGGAAUUAAGUUUAACGUCACUGAUGACCGUGAGAAGAAAAACCUCGAUCUUAAUCUGUGCAUAAUGAAAACGGAACUCAAGAAAAACGAGGUUAAGCGAAAGAAGUUGCAAGAAGACUUGGAAAGAGAGCACAGGGAGAUAACGAUGAGGCAAAACGACAGUGACGUUUACAAGGAGCCUUUGAAAACAGACGGCACGUCCAUAAACACCGGACUGGAGCGUUCUUACUCGAGCCCGAAUUUACUUCAGUUGGGGGAUCGUAAAGCACCUCAGGUAGAUAGAACUUCUAAGCCGCAUAUAUCACCUCGCAAUCAAAAUGGAUCUAUUGGAAAUGAAAACGUCAAAGUGUCUCUUAGUUGGGGAAAUCGGGAGGAACGAAUGACUCCUAUUCACGGCAGUGUUCAUCCGGGUAUAACCGGCCUGAAGAACUUGGGAAAUUCUUGUUACAUGAACAGCAUCAUUCAGUGCCUGAGUAACACGACGCACUUAGCGAAAUACUUCACUGACAACUCGUAUGCGGACGAUCUCAACACGAGUAACGAUAACAUGACGCAGGGCCAAGUCGUGGAGGAAGUGGCUCAAGUAAUCAAAGCGCUUUGGAGAGGCCAAUACAAAAGUAUAUCUCCUCACGAUCUCAAGGUCGCGGUCGGUCAGUAUAAAUUACAAUUCGAGAGCUAUGAGCAACAAGAUUCUCACGAAUUUCUUACAUUCCUUUUGGACUGGAUGCAUAAUGAUCUCAAGAAGGAAUCGAAAAUGCCAAUCGAGAUGACCAACGCGGAGAAAGAAUGGGACAAGGCGAUGAAUUCUCAAAAAUCCAUAAUAUCAGACUUAUUUUUCGGCCAGUUGAGGUCCACUAUUACAUGUUCAUUUUGCAAGCAAGCGAGCACCACGUACGAGACAUUUAACAGUCUAACGAUGUCCUUGUCUCACUCCAAUCGGUGUACCUUGAAUGACUGUAUGGAAAAGUUCGUCACGGGGCAAAAGGUGAUCGGAUGGAAAUGUCCCAAGUGCCAGACGCCUCGCGACGCGACGAAGAAGUUUGACUUCGUCAAACUCGCUCCCAUCGUCGUGAUUCAUUUGAAUCGUUUCGCCGAGAGCGGCGGAUGGCUGGAGAAGCGAAACACCGCCGUCGACUUUCCCCUCGUUGGAUUCAAUCUGAAGCCGUACCUCGUGUUUGAGAACCCGACGGCGAUGUCGAACAACAUUCGCAAUUACAAUUACACCCUGUACGCGAUGUCCAAUCACUAUGGGACGAUGGACGGCGGUCACUAUACGGCCUUUUGCAAAAACGCCACUCAAAAUAAAUGGUAUAAGUACGAUGAUCAGACUGUCACCGAAGUGUCACCAAGUCAAGUGAAAUCUCAGAACACGAGUGCCUAUUUAUUGUUUUAUACAUCAUUUCCUAACACGAUUAUGUAGUAUGAGAACGCGAACAGAGAAAUCAAGAAUCGAUCGUGACGCAUAAAGUCUCGAAAGUUUUCAGCGUGAUAUUACUUAAGAAAAGUAUCAUACAGGAGAAAGUGAUCUUCGACGUUCUGUGUAGAUAUUAUAUCGGUUACACCGUCGGUCUUAAGAGUAAAAAGUCACUGACUGACGUCGCGAAGAUUUGGAGAGAAAGACUCUUUCGACAAGCUUCAUUGGCCUUUACUGACAAUUCUGUUAACGUUCAACUGCAAUCCGAUUUUGCAACGAAGGGAAAAGGGAGAAGGAAAGCCGCAGGAGGAAUCGCAUUAAAGUGUAAGCAGACCUCUUUUUCCUCACAAACAACGAGUCCGUCAUCAUCACAAGCCAUCUACCUCAAACUAGCCGAAAAGAAGAAUCGCAGUCGCUGACUUUUGCCGCGAGACCGACGUUCGUUUAUAUGAUAAAACCUAUGCGAGUGAACGUAUAGAGCUGUGACGGUAUUAAAAGCUUUAUCGGUGCUGGAAUUUUUAUUAAGAGCAUGUAAAUACGUAGAACGGUGGCAAUUUCUCUAUAUUUCCAUUGUAAUCUGUCGCACUAGAGAGAAUGCAAAGCAUAGUUACGUUCGAGAAUAUUUUAAUAUGUUGUAUAGCUUCGCGCGCGCGAGAGAGAAAGAGAGAGAUCAAAUAUUAUAAUAUCAAUAUGUCUAUUGUAGUAUACAUAUAUUAGUCGCGCAACGUUACGUUCCAGCAACGUUACAAUCGUGUCUUAAGCGAGUUCUGAUAUUUUCUCCUUUGAUUUGCUUGGUAUUUCGAAACAAAACUGAAAGGGGCCAUAGUUACUUGCCUUAUCAGCGUCGGCCGAUCCAUGUGAGAUUUGUCGCAGCCAAGGAAGAAGGUUUGAAUCCGAGAUCCAUCGUAUGUUCGUAAAACGUCAUACUUUGCAAGAUCUUCAUUCCGACGGUUGUCAACCGUAAUAACUUUAGGCUGACGUGAAUCAUAGAUAAAGGGGCAUACGUCGUGUUCACUUUAGGUCGAUUAGCAGCGUUAAACUGCCUUCUUUGCUGCGCUGCCAGUACGUUUCGCCACGACGCGUCGUUUUUUGUUGCUUGAAACGACGCGACUCGUGGAGACCGUGAGCUUCUUAAAUGGAACGUAAAUAGAAUGCCGUUGCCAGCCACUGCAGACUGAUCGGCUUCUCGAGCAAACCUGAGGAAAUCAUGUUUCGCGAUUAGUUCCCAGUGUUGUAAUAUUUCAAUAUCACAAUGAUGUGGUCCCUGCACUGAGAAGAAAUAUUUGAAAAUCUGUUCGUGGGAUAUAUAAAGUCUGCUUUUGUCCGAAUCAAGUUUAUCUCUGCAGAAUAAAAUUCAUUUCACGUGAAGAGGAAAAAAUCUCACAAACACGAAUGUCCAAAUAUCUCUUUGUCAGUGUAGCUGUGACGAGAUAUUUUAUAUAAAUAUAUAGUGGUUAUGUUGUCAGGUCCCGAGAACAACUCGCGGCCGCGAAGGUUGUAGAGCAAAGAGAAAAUUUCUUCGUCGAACCUUUUAAUUUAUCGCGUGUGACUCGCGAUCGCCAUGUACGAUUAUACUUUAUAUUAUUCACGAUACAUAAUGUGCACCUAAGCGAUUGUGCGUUAACGAGCAAUGUUAAUAGCAAUAUACAUUACCAUUAGGAACAAUGUAUCUUCUUGUUUCGUUUCUUUUUCGUUCGCUCUUCUUCGAUAGCAGACGUAAUGUUGCGAUGCCAUGCGCUUUGAGACUAUCUAUUGCUUUGAGACGCGUUGCGUCCCCCAAGUUAUGUUCGGUCUCGUAAUCAUGAUGUUUGCAAGGACGAUCGGUAUGGAUGCCAGCGUUCUCAAGGAUGCGAUCCGUUGUGUCGGACGCACAGGAUUAAACAGAACCGUCUCGAGGAUUUCCAAUGUCGCACUACCGUUUAAGAGUAGCUAAUUUAACGUAAUGCUAAUUUAUAUUGAAAAACAUGGUUCCAACGAAUUGUACGAAUUGUUCGAACACUGAGACGCGAAAUUUCGAACUUCUGCGAGCGCGUGAGAAACGAAAAGCAGAAUGAUUGCGUUUACGCAAUUUUUCGCGCCUGUGUAUGCAUAUAUAUGUGCGCGUGUGUGUAUGUGUGUCAAUAUCUAACUCGGAAGUUCGAUUUCGCAGAUACGGACACUUAACGAACGAACGAACGAACGAUCGAUCGAUACUUCACUAUAAUAAAUACGAAAACUUUAAUACGAUAUGGAGCAAUAUUUUUCAUCGAUUACUUCGUGAAUUUCGCUGUCAUUUCAUCCAUCACGUGAGGAUGUGUAUCGAACAAUCUCUGCGCUUUUUUUCCUGUGUCGAUACGUUUCGCCGUGUAAUCGUGUCACGAUGUCACAUCGUUGCAUUUUGUGAUCGGGCGAUGCUUACGAAUGCAUUGUCCGAGUCUGACUUUUCUUUCAAUUACUUUCUCCGAGACACGCGUUCUGUUUUAUAUAAGAUGUAUAUACAUAUAUAUGUGUGUGCGUGUAUAAAUGUAUAUGUAUGAAUGUAUCCAUCAAACAUGAUAUAUUUACGUUCGCUACUUUGGUAGUUUUUGCAUGUUUGCGGAGCUAUUAAUAACGUCGAGGAAAACCCGAUAAUUUCAGCGUCUUUGAUACAGAGAGUUUUCCAUAUUAAAAGCCGCGAUGAAAAAUAAAAAACGAUGCAGUCAAUCACCAUUGAAUUGUUGGUAAAAGCCAAUAAAAUGCAAAUAUCAAAGUUAAAAUGUUUAAA